AUGGUAGAUCAUAUUCGACACCAUACACCUCCUAAAAACCGAAUGAUCUACCCUAUAGACUAUGGAUCAUUGUCAUUAACAGAAACACAACAGAAUUAUUAUUGUCAAGGUGCAAUUGCGAUGGAUUUCCCGUUCGAAUAUGAGGCAAGUCUUGCAUGGAUGAAAAAAAGGAGAAAAGUGGAAACCACCGUAUUCGAAAUUUUGGGUUCCUGUAAUGGACUGAUUUGUUUAGGCAUUUCAACUGGUAUGUAUAAAUUUGAGGAGGAUGAUAGUAUAUGUAUAUGGAACCCUGUAACUAGUGAAUACAAAACAAUAUCACUAGCCUUAUGUGAUUUUUACAGUGUCAGGUAUGAAUUUGGUUAUGAUAGCAACAUUGACGACUACAAGUUGGUGAGAGUCUCCGAUGAUGAAAAUACUGAUUCUUUUAAAAUUGAAGUUUAUACAUUGGGUUCAGAUUCAUGGAGUACAAUUCAGACCCCGGUCCCUUACUCGUUUCCUGCUGAUGUUAGCAAUAAUACCACCAACCAAAAAUCUUCAUCUGAAGUUAUAGUCUCUUUUCAUGUUAGCAGUGAGAGACUUGUGGAUUUGAGUCUUCCUGAGGAGGCUAUGCCAUUGAAACCUCCAAAUCAUAGUUAUGGAUCGAUCAGUGCAUAA